AUGUCCAAGAUCCUUUUCUGGGGCGGUUUCGGCAUCGCCGUCCGCGUUUGGCAACUCGGCAUUGAGAUGCGCCCCAUCCUCCAGCGCAACGCUCUCUGGGCUUACCCUCUCUUCGGCGGCAUUGGCGCAAGCUUCGGCUACUGGCUGCAGGGUGUUGAGCAGAGACAACUCCGUAUCCUCCAAGACACCAAGGAAUCAUUGCUCGAGAAGAGAAGAAGACGUGCCGAGAGAGAGGGCGGCCUCAACAUCGGUACCGACUACCAGAAGAACGAGGAGGGUCUCUUCGCUUCCGCUCCUGUCGGCGGCUCUACCACCAAGCAACAUUAA